AUGUCCAAAGAAGGCGUCCACAACCUCCAGUCCAAGGCCGACUUCGACGCCGCCAUGGGCGAGAAGGGCACGCUGAUGGUCCUCGACUGCUUCGCCACGUGGUGUGGGCCGUGUAAGGUGAUUGCGCCGCAGGUCGUCAAGAUGAGCGACACAUACACCACCGCCCGCUUCUACAAACUCGACGUCGACGAGGUCCCCGACGUCGCGCAGGAGCUGUCCGUCCGCGCCAUGCCGACGUUCAUGCUGUUCAAGGACGGGGAGAAGGUGGGCGAGGUCGUGGGCGCCAACCCGACCGCGUUGGAGAAUGCGAUUAAGAACCAUAUGUAA